CGGCACCCGAGGCAGAGGAGGAGGCCCGAGAGCGACAUGUCCCGGGUUGCUGAGACAGAACGGUCCGUGGCGCUGUUUUACUGAGUCGGGGGUGGCCUGGCGGCCGGCCGAGGACGAGGGUCGGCAGGGGCUGCCCCCACAGUGGUGGCCGCCAUGCUGGGGCCCCGGGCAGCUGGAGCAGCCGCUGUGGCGCUUCUCCGACUGCUGCUGCUGCUGCUCUUGCCGGAGCUCCGGGAUCCGGGCUUCGGCGUGGUCGGAGCCGCUGGGGCCGGGCUGCCAGAGAGCGUCAUUUGGGCAGUCAACGCGGGCGGCGAGGCGCAUGUGGACGUGCACGGGAUCCACUUCCGCAAGGACCCUCUGGAAGGCCGGGUGGGCCGAGCCUCAGACUAUGGCAUGAAACUGCCCAUCCUGCGUUCCAACCCUGAGGACCAGAUCCUGUAUCAAACAGAGCGGUACAAUGAGGAGACCUUCGGCUAUGAAGUACCCAUCAAGGAAGAGGGGGACUAUGUGCUGGUGUUGAAAUUUGCUGAGGUCUAUUUUGCACAGUCUCAGCAGAAGGUAUUUGAUGUCCGAUUAAAUGGCCAUGUUGUGGUGAAGGACUUAGACAUCUUUGAUCGUGUUGGGCACAGCACAGCUCAUGAUGAAAUCAUCCCCAUGAGCAUCAGGAAGGGGAAGCUGAGUGUCCACGGGGAGGUGUCUACCUUUACAGGGAAGCUCUACAUUGAGUUUGUUAAGGGGUACUAUGACAAUCCCAAAGUCUGUGCACUCUACAUCAUGGCUGGGACAGUGGAUGAUGUACCCAAACUGCAGCCUCAUCCAGGAUUGGAGAAGAAAGAAGAAGAGGAGGAAGAAGAAGAAUAUGAUGAGGGGUCUAAUCUCAAAAGACAGACCAACAAGAACAGGGUGCAGUCAGGCCCCCGCACACCUAACCCCUAUGCCUCUGACAACAGCAGCCUCAUGUUUCCCAUUCUGGUGGCCUUCGGAGUGUUCAUUCCAACCCUCUUCUGCCUCUGCCGGUUGUGAGAACAAAUGGCCAUCCUCAGCAGGGUGGUGGGGAAUGGGAAGGAAACCAAACAUGGUGGUUUCUGUAUUGACAGUGUUUAGCAAAACGAAAAACAAACAAAACAAGACACACACACAGACACACACAGACACACACACACACUCACACACACACUCACGCACAUGAAAGAGAUAAGAAGAUAAGAAGCAGAGUGAGUAGGGGACAGCCCCACCUACCACUAGUCCCAGAGCUGCUCAGUCCUACUCUUUGUGGGUGGCCCCAGCUCUCUUUUUCUCUGGGGUACAUAGGUGGGUGGAUCCUUCCUCUCCAAGGAUCCUUUUUGCAUACCUAGUAGGAAGGACUCUGAACUCAGAGCGGUCAUGGUUGUUGUUUUUUAGGUUAGACAUUAAGAGCAGGAAAAUGUCAUAUAACCUGGAAAGUUAUAACCAUACUGGGAAUUGAUUGUGUUCUGAAUUUAUGUCUUAUGUGAUUUCAGAAGUCAUGGUAUUCAAAGUAUGUGUGUGGAGGAAAAUAAGUUGGAUGGUAAAGACAAAGAAAGGGGAAGAAUUGGAAAAAAGAGUGAGCGCUUCUUUACUUGGACAUCUUUCUGGGUUAGUCUUUUGAUGACUCCACCUCAAGUUUCUUCAUUGUCCUUUCUCAUCUCCUGAUGUGUGUCAGGUCCUCAAAUUGCCUACAACUUGUUGCCACAACAGAUGAUUUUGUUUUCAGUGCCUGUUGAAGACUUGAUUUCUUCUUGAUUUUUCUCUUAUUCUGGUUCAUUUGAAAUCUCUUCCCAAUUCUCACUCUCAAUUAUAGAGCUAAGUUAUUGUCGAAAUGGGCAGGAGACUGAAGAUUAGAGUUCUGUUUGCUUGAGUGUCUUACCCUCCACCACCUCACCUUGUUGGUACCUCCUUCCCUGAAUCCCUGAGCCAGCAGCCAGGAGGACCUGACCCAGCAGCUCUUACUGGCCCCUCCAUAGGGCCUUGCUGCCAGGGGACAGGGAUGCUUUCCAGCCUGCAGCAACAGAACACUUGACCUUAACAGUCUCUUCUGGUCUUUGGAUUAGAAAAGGCUUAUGUUAGCAACCUCAGAGACUUGAGCCCUGUAAGUGACUGACCACUGUCAGAAUGUCCAGAAUUUGAUGUUCAUUUAUCCCUGUGUCUUCUGUCCUACUUCAGCUAGUUUGGGUUUAUGCCUAGAGUCACCCAAAGAACCAAAACUGGCUGCACCAGCCCAGCUGUUUUCCUCAUUGAUCAUAAUCGGAUGCUUUACCACCCUUUCAGCCGCCUAGCAAGUAGCAGUCAAGAUCUUCUUGCCCGGGGACUGAAAGACUCCUAGUCAGCCAUGGUUCUGGAGGCUCUGAAUGUCUAACUUUAGCAUCAAAGUGUCUGUCUCAGAUUCCCAGUAAAUACUCUGUAGGGAUGAAGUUUCCUUGUUCCCCAACUUUUGAUCACCUUCAUCUAUUUGUCAGUUGACAACAGUGAGGGCAACCCAGCUAAACUAAAAGGGAUUUUUUAGGUCAGAGGCAGCAGGAUUUGUGAGUUGGAGCAGUAUAGAAUCUCAGGCCAGGCCCGUAUUUCUAGAAUGUGUUUAAAUUUUGAGUCUGCCUUAUCAGAUAUUUGAACUAUGUGACAAAGUAAGUAACUCUUGGGCUCAUAUCCUUACUUUGGCUCCUAAUGAUGACUCCAGACCAGCAUCUAGUCAUUUGAGAACUAUUAUUUUCUCUGUGGCUUAGGCCUGCCCUAGGUACUGAGUUGGCAGCUGGAUGGCUGUGGCCUGAGGUUGCUGUCAGGAGCACUUCCUGGAGUGCUUCCAAAGGUCAUUCCUCAGGAUGAGGUACUGCUAUGGUCUUGGGGACCAACUGCUUAGAGCAACGUUUGUCCUGACUAAUUGGGCUUCUGACAGUGACUUUGGUUCCUGGUCCAUCACUAUUUAUAAACCUGUGGGCCACUGUCAGCGGAUUAAACAAAAUGAAGGAGAACAGCAGCCUCCAUGUUGCCUUGUUUGCCUGGGUCUCUGAGAAAGGGUGUGUGUGUGGGGUCCUGCCUCCUCACCCCAACUCUUCCCUUUGGUGACUCAGAGCCUCAGAAGGAAACCCUGACUCCUGGGGCCGUUUCCUAUGGUACUGUAAGCCAAGCAGCUCUACUUCUGCCUCUGUUUCCAAGCCCACCCCUUCCCGUAGGGAUAGGGACGGGUGCUUUCCUCUCUAGUUGUGUCCAAACGGAAGGAACAUCUUUCUGUAGCUAACAAAAACUAAAAGGGAAGUGAGGAAACAGCAGGGAAGGAGUAUGGUGGGGGCUGGGGUAGAGUCCCCUGAGCCAAGCCUGCCCAGCUAAUAAGAGCUGCUUAGGGCUGGCCACAGCCAGCUCAUAAUGUUGAACUUGAAAGCUUUUUUCCCCCUCCUCCAAGAUGAUGUAGGUACAUGAGGUUUAGGUUAAAGGGAUUGGGUGGGGUCAUGCUUUAUUUUUAUUUUUGUAUUGUAUGUGUCAAGAAUUACUCCAUUGUUCAUUUUGCUUUUUGCACUGUUCCCUUCUCUGUGUUUUGAGAUAGUGCAAGGAGUGUGCCUGGGAUUGGAUGCUGUGAGUGGUACCACUGAGAGAGUUGGACAGGAGAGGCCCAGGUUUUCUGUUUGAGCUAUAGUCUGAUUCAGGGCUUUAGAGUCCACUAGUCAAGCUGGCAGAGGUAAAGGACAGACAGCUUCUUUUUGCCUGAAAGGUGUUCCUCUUAACAUUUGUGGGAGGAGCAAGCAAGGCCAGCUGGGUAGAGCCUGCAGGUCCAGUGUGGUUUAGUCAGGCCAGCUGGCCUCUGAGUUGCUUCGGGUCUUAUUCAAACUAUCUUCAACAUUGUGCCAAUAACUGAUUUGUGGGGUUCAUGUCUCUCAAACCAACUCUAUUCUUCUGGAAAGUCUCCACUUCUAAUGAGAAGCUGCUCAGUGGAUACCCACAGUUCUGAUAGUUAAAAGAUAGUCUUCACAAACCCAUGGUGUCAGAGGGGCCACCUGUUGAUUAAAGACGUGGCCUUGUUUUUUUGCUUCUUCUGACUAGGAGAUCCCAGGGUCAUGUGAGUGAGCCUUGAUGAGGCGGGUAAAGUUUACCUUGUCUGAUGCCCGCGUUCUGUGCCUGAGCAGUCUUAGAGCUGUGGUCUGACUCCUUUGCUUUUGUUGAGAAGCUUCUGUUUUAAGGAAUUUCUCUUGUUCUAUCCCCAGCCUCUCCUGGGAAGGCCUGGCCCUGGUCUAGACUCUUAGCUGAGAAUCUGAGAAAAUGGCAGCAGUACCCUUUCUUUUAGCACUCAGAUCCCCCUCCUUUGAAACUGGCUCACCUGGAGGAGUCCAGGGAGGCAUCAGUAGGUUCUCUCCCUCCCUGGGAACUGGGGAAGGACCCACCCCGGUCAGCACAGUGCCUUUUUCUCCCCUGCUCUGAGUCAGGUGGGCAUCCCUAACCCUCUAUAGAUUCAGGCCUGGGCAGGGGUCCUACAGUCCCUGCCAUGGGGCUGUUUCCCUAUCUCUCCCUCCUUGCUGGCCUACACAGACAUUAUUCCAGUGUCUUCUUGCCUUGAGGAACCUUAAUGGAAUUGUGGCCACCACAUGUGACACUUCUCUGUGACUAUAAGGACCUAGGAGAACAGGUGAGCUUUCUCAAGUGAGAGACUAACAGAUGCUCCUGCUAUUAAAAGACAAAGCUAGGGAGACUACUUUGGGCCUCCUGUUGUGGCCUCUGAAGAAGGCGAUUCUCAGGUAAGACUGACUGAGAGUACACACACAGGAGCAAAACCACAGACACCUAGGGUCUGCUCGGAGAUCACAGAAGAACUUGGCCUCUCUUCUGUGGAAGAUGUAAUUAGGGAUCAGAGUGUGCUAAGAAAAUUGCAAAGAAGCCUUACUGCCCACACCAGAGAGCUCAGGGUGACUUUCUCUUCCGGCUGGAGCUAAAACUCUCUGUGUUCGGACUUCUCCUCAGGCAAGGGCUAGAUUUCUUCAUAAUGAUAGAAGACUACCUUGGCACUGGUGGUCAGCUGCCUAGGGAGGCCUGGUUUCUUUGUACGUGUGUGGCUUGCGACCUUCCCCACCUGCUUUUGCUUCAUUUGCUCUGGGUGGUGAGAUCAUCUUGCUAAGAGCAGAUUUGGGGCUGACUCGGUUGGCAGGAAAAGAACAGAGUGGAUCUCUUGGGAUGGGUUCCUCUCAGGAGUGUAAAAACAAGGGGCUGCGAUUGUGCUGGCAGCCAGGGAAACAGUAGUGCCUGUUGAAGUUGGCAGAGAGGGCCUUGGCACGCUUGCAUCCAGGCAGUCUUGUGCGAUGGGAGCACAUAGCAUCGGGAGAAGCAAAACUCCAUCCUCACCUCUAUUUUGAGCUUAGUGCUUUAUUUCGGUAUGAGGAAAAACAACAACAAACUGAAGUGUGCUUUCCGUCCUUUCAAAGGACAACUGUCAGGAAAGGAGAGCUGAGGUGCCAGGUGGGGGGGAGACUUGGCAAGGAGAGAUGUCGUGGCAAAAUCAGGAAAAGAGACCUUCUUGACUCUGCUCUUCCUUGGUGUGCCACGAUCCAGGGAAUGAAAAGAAAUUUGACCCUGGAUUAGUUCCUUUGUUGGAGUUAAAGAACAUUGCCUUUCCACAAAGUCCCGCUGGGAUAGGAUGGCUAUCCAUUCUUAGCUCAAGGCAGUCUCUUCAGCCACUGUUGGCCCAACCUGGCUUGUUAGGAAACUAGCCCCACUGCUCAGUAUUGAACCUGGCUGCUUUGUGUGAAACCGCAAGUAUUGGAGAAAAAACAUCAAAUCCUUAGUAGGUCCUGUAGCUCCUGUUCCUUCCCAUCUUUCCCUGCGAGGGCAGGCUGACUUUGUGGCCACACCAUGCAUUUACAGCAGUGCAUACCAAGGUAUACUCGAGGGGCUUUGAACCUGCUGGCCAGGGAAGCAGUAGGGGUGGAUAGAGCUAUCUUUCCUUCCGGGCUGUCUCCAUCAAUCUCUACCCCUUCCAUGCCCCACCCUACUCCCACCAAAAAAUUUAAAAAAUCAGGAUGUUUUUCACUGUCCAUUGCUUUGUGUUUUAAUAAACAAUUUGCAGUGAUA